AUGGCAGAAGUGGCCCUGCAGAAGAGUAGCUUCUUGGUGCUCGUGAGUCACACCAGUGGCCUCACCAAGCCCACAGUGCUGGCCUCCAGCUCCGCCAAGCCUGGGAUCUCAGGGGUCUCCAAGAAGCUGGUCAUCAAGAAUUUUCAAGACAGACCCCAGCUGCCCGACAACUACACGCAGGACACAUGGCAGAAGCUCCUCGAGGCUGUGCGGGCAGUCCAGAGCAGCACAUCAGUCAGGUGCAACCUGGAGGAGCUCUACCAGGCUGUAGAAAAUCUCUGCUCCCAUAAAAUCCAGGUUUCUGCAAUCACUCGUGUUGUGAUGGUCAGAGCUUGGUGGCGAAUCUGGAACUACCACCAGGAUGUCAAGAAUGGACACACUGUGGCUCCUUUUACUGCCUGUCUGGAGCCUCAUUCAGGCUCUGGUUCUAAAUUGGAGGAAUGA